ACCGUUUAAAGCCUGAGUGUUCCAGCUGCGGCUGAAGAGUCACAGCUACAUUGUUACUCAGAAUAUUGAGAAAUAUUAAUAAACAUUUGACAUUAAUAAUAAAAGUAAAUGGCGGCGGAGGCGAACGGCACGGAGCUGCAGGCGGAGGAGUGCUUGUACUCCUCAGCCCGACAGAAACUGGAGAACCUCCUGAACAAGAGCAUGAGGAUAAGGAUGACGGACGGACGGACGCUGGUGGGGCUCUUCCUCUGCACUGACCGGGACUGUAAUGUCAUCCUGGGCUCAGCUCAGGAGUUCCUCAAGUCCACAGACUCGUUCUCUCAGGGUGAGCCGAGGGUUCUGGGUUUGGCGAUGAUUCCUGGUCAUCACGUCGUGUCUAUAGAAGUGGAGUCGGAGAGUUUACAGCCUGCGCACGGACUCUGAGGAACCGUCACGCAGAGGAUUAUGGGAAAUGUAGUUGAUGUUCCUGCAGUGCAGGUGUUGAUGGACUUUAGAGCAUUUACUGAGUGCAUCUGAACACAGGUGGACUUUAUCUGAUCAGGAGAGCAUGAAGAACUGCUUUGACGCACACGCCUGUGAGUGUGUUUGUGUGUGUGUUUGUGGUGUGUGUUUGUGUGUGUGUUAUUAAAGAGAAUUAUUUAAUAAUAAUUAAAUAUUUUUUUCCUCAUUUACACACAGCUGUCACUUUUUAGAAGAACAGUAAUAAAGAUGAUGAUGAUGAUGAUGAUGAAAUAACCCGAACACACUCACAGAAGUCAGGAAAACAAGCAGAAAGAGAAAUGCUCUUCAAAAGCAGUUUAUUUAUUAAUAUACAUAAAUUUUGCUCAUCGAUCUUCAGGAUUGUUUCCUCCCAAUCAGAAAAAUAUCAUACAUAUAGAAUUAAUAACUUAUUGAUCUCUGAUUAGUACAGAUUUCCUCCUGUCUUAUUUAUUAUUUAUUAUGUUUAUAAUAUUUAAUACGUUAGUUUCAUUUGAACAAAACGGAUCUGUGAUCUUGUUCAGUUUUUUCACAGCUGAAACAUGGCGGUUCUCCUUACCUAGCACAGGAUCUCUUCAGCGAGGGUUCCGCAGCAUGCUGGGCGAUGUGAUCAUGUCAUUGUUAUUGUGAUAAAUUUGAUGGUGAUAUUCAAGAAUAAUCAGCACGUCUAUCGUCAUAAAGACUUGAUUACACUGUAAACCUGGUCACUGCGUAGUGCAUUUACAUUUACGGCAUUUGGCUGACGCUCUUCUCCAGAGCGACUUAUAGUUUGAUCAAUUUACACAGGAAGGUGAAGGUGGUGUUAGGAGUCUUGCCCAAGGACUCUUACUGGUAUAGUGUAGGGUGGUUACCCAGGCAGGGGAUUGAACCCCAGUCUACAGUGUAGAAGGCAAAGGUGUGACCCACUACACUAUCCCAACUGCAUAGUAACAGAGCAGCUGAUUGGCUGGCGGCUUGUUAUGACAUCAUCUCUUAUUCACUGCUGUUUUUGGUGUCCAGAUGUCAUGAUCUCUGUCUGUAUUGCCCGGCUUUAGUCCAGCUGUCGUCUCCUCGUCCUCACGUGGGAUAGUUUGUCCUUUUGAUCUAGUAAACUCCAUGACAAUGUGCAUGGGUUUAUGGGACUGCGUUGUCAUGGCAGCGGCCACGUCAACUUACACGUAGGCAUUUCGGCCGUAGUGGUUGGGCGACUGGGAGGUGACGGAGGUGCUGUAAGGGGUCCCUCUGGUAGGAACUCGGUAAGAGUACAGCCUGGAGAGAGAGGGAGAGGGAGAGAGAGAAGAUAAGAAGAUAGAGAAAAGUCGCUGUAAAACAGCAGUAAAUAUUGGAGGAGAAAGAUGGAGGCAGUUUAGAGCCCAGAAGGACUUCAACACGGAGGCUGGUUUGGCUGAUUUUCUCCUGGACAGGUAACCACAGAGCUCCAGCUGAGGGUCAGUUUGUUAUCGCCUGGAGCUCCAGACUGUAAUUUAGGAUCUGAGCUUUUGUUUUAGGGUUACAGGUUUUGCUCUGGCUGAGUUAUAAAAAAAAAACCCGAGUUGGCUUAGAAUUCGCAAACAAACAGAUUACGAAUGUCCACCAGCUGGUCGUCUAACAGUGUUGGACUCACCGUCAGAGUUUAACCCACGACUGUUCAGCUGUGAGGAUCAGCUAUAAUGUUCCUGGGUAAAAUGACCCGAUGCAUGUUUCUCUCCAUAAACAUCAUCUUUAGCUCAAAUAAUAUUGAUUUAAUCAGAAUUAAUCAUAGUAAUCAUAGUUUUUCACCCUUUACAGAUCAUAGUUCAAUUACAAUUAUGAACAGUUUUCAUUAAACAAUUAUUUUCAGUUUUUUUUUCUGUACAUGGGCAAAAACUAGACAUUCAACACAUUUGUUUUAUUCUUAUUUACACUUUUUCAACAUUUUGUCAUAUUUUAUAUCAUUAUGUUGAAUAAACAAAAAACAAAAAUUCUCUCCUGUUUCAGGUCAAAUUGACCCUUUCAGUUCUAAUCACACUAAAUAAGUUCAGCAGAAAAACGUUUGAGUUCAAAAAAUGUUUUAAUUUAUUUUUCCUCUACUUUUCCUCUACUAAUCCUCGAAAUGAGUCAGUUUGACCCACAUCAUCACAGGAAGGUUAAUGUUGCACUCGUUUGUGAAGGUUCAGUGUCCUCAAUCUGGCAACCCAGUCGAAUCUGGCAGCUCUCCCCUAUAUGUUGAAUUUGGGCUGAAGUGCCUGUUUUAAACACUGUCAGUUUACAUUUUGUUCUUUUACUGAAGUGAAUUAAAGCAGUAACUGUUAAAGUGAGCAGCAGUGAGUUUGUAGAGACACACUCAAUUAUUUACACUCAGAAAAACAACAACAUGGAACUUGAACAGAGGCGCUUUGGGCUGUAAACUGAGGAUUAUUCUGCUGUAUGAUGUUUACUUAUUUGUGAUGGGGAGAUUGGGGGGCUUUCGGAAGGCAACGCCAGACCUGAUGUGAUGAAGUAAUAAGGUGAUGUGGUGAUGUAAUAAGAGGUGAUGUGAUAAGAGCUGAUGUAAUACUGUAAGUAAGAGGUGAUGUGAUAAGAGCUGAUGUAAUACUGUAAGUAAGAGGUAAUGUGAUGAUGUAAUAAGAGGUGAUGUGAUAAGAGCUGAUGUGAUGAUGUAAUAAGAGGUGAUGUGAUAAGAGCUGAUGUAAUACUGUAAGUAAGAGGUAAUGUGAUGAUGUAAUAAGGUGAUGUGAUGAUGUAAUAAGAGGUGAUGUGAUAAGAGCUGAUGUAAUACUGUAAGUAAGAGGUGAUGUGAUGAUGUAAUAAGAGGUGAUGUGAUAAACCCA